GUCAGUCGAGGGCGCUUGUUUCCGGUACGAUUCUUUUUCUUUUCAGUUCGCGGUCUCACGAAAAGAAGAACAAUAUGGGCCGAUACUCGCAUGAAGCUUCUAACCCUGGCAAGUCGUGUAAGGCGCGCGGCUCCAACCUUCGUGUACACUUCAAGAACACUCAUGAGACUGCAAGGGCCAUAAAAAAUAUGCAGCUCAGGCGAGCUCAAAAAUAUUUAAAAAACGUCAUUGAAAUGAAAGAAUGUGUACCUUUUAGGAGGUUUAAUGGUGGCGUGGGAAGGUGCGCCCAAGCAAAACAAUGGGGUACCACUCAAGGUCGUUGGCCCAAAAAAUCAGCAGAAUUUUUACUACAGCUGUUGAAAAAUGCCGAAAGUAACGCAGAUUUGAGAGGGCUGGAAAUUGAUAGACUAGUUAUCGAACACAUCCAAGUGAAUCAGGCUCCGUGCUUAAGAAGGAGGACCUACAGAGCUCAUGGUCGUAUCAACCCAUACAUGAGCUCUCCAUGCCACAUAGAAGUAAUCCUGACUGAGAAAGAAGAUGUUGUGGCCAAAGCAACAGAGGAUGAACCCUCUAUAAAAAAGUUGAGCAAAAAGAAACUUGCUCGCCAAAAAGAGAAAAUGAUGAGGGAGUAAAUUUAAGAUAGAUUAAGCAAUGAUUAAUGUAACGGGGAAAAAUAAAGUUUACGUUGUUCUCUAUAAA